GUGGUGGUGUCAGUACAGAUACACCUAAUGGUAAUGGCGGAAUUGAUAAUCCUGCCAUGGAUCCAGUUGAAUUAAAUGUAUAUGGCUUGUAUUCGAAGCGCAAUUCGGUCACAUGUCCAGCGCAAGGAGAGCUCAAACGUAAAAGCAGCUACGGUUUCACACAUCUAACACGAGAGGCGUUGCCGCGAUUAGAUAACUAUCGGUUGUCAUUACGAGCAUUCAAGCGACCUUCAAUCAGCUUAUUGCAUGGAGAGGUUUUGGAACACAUACCCGAAACUGCAAAAGACGUUGAAGAACAAUCAUCUGUUAACCAUUCAACAAUAAAGCUGGGAUGGAUCGUUGGAGUAUUGAUUCCGUGCCUCUUAAACAUCUGGGGGGUUAUGUUGUUCUUGCGGUUGUCAUGGGUAGUUGCUCAAGCUGGUAUUUUCAUGUCUCUAUGCAUCAUUGCCAUAUCCUUCACUGUUUGUGUCAUUACUACACUAUCGCUGUCCGCGAUUUCUACAAAUGGAGAAGUUAAAGGCGGGGGAAUAUACUAUAUUAUUUCGCGAACACUUGGCCCCGAAUUUGGAGCUUCAGUUGGUAUUGUAUUUGCAUUUGCUAAUGCUGUUGCAGCAUCAAUGAAUACAAUUGGUUUCUGUUCGUCACUUAACGAUUUAUUUAAGGAAAAAGGAUGGAAAAUUAUCGACAAUGAUGUGAAUGACAUACGGAUUGUUGGUGCUAUCGCAUUGGCUAUCAUGAUCAUUAUUUGUGCUAUUGGAAUGGAGUGGGAGACAAAGGCACAAAAUUUUCUUCUAGCCAUUAUUGUAGCGGCCAUUUUCAACUUUGUUAUUGGAAGUAUUAUUGGUCCGAGUAUUGAUGAAAAAAAAAUCAGUAAAGGAUUUAUUGGAUUCAGUACGGCAGUUUUUUCGGAGAAUUGGAGGCCGGACUAUAGAUUCAGUGAAAAAGUCAAUCAGAAUUUUUUCAGUGUUUUUGCAAUUUUUUUCCCAAGUGUGACGGGUCUACAGGCUGGUGCUAAUAUUUCUGGAGAUUUAAAAGAUCCUUCGACCUCGAUUCCCAAAGGAACACUGUUGGCUUUGUUAAUUUCUGCAAUUUCGUAUGCAGUAUUCGUUGUUUUUGCGGGCGGUUCGGCUGUACGUGACGCUUCGGGAAUCAUCAGUGAUAUUGUAAAUGGCACAUUAGUUGGAGUUGAACCACAUUGCUUAAAGAAUAAGACAUGCGAAUUCGGUCUCCACAAUUCAUAUACAAUCAUGCAAUUAAUGUCGAAAUAUGAAGGGCUCAUUUAUGCAGGAUGUUGGGCGGCAACACUUAGUACUGCUUUAACAAAUUUAUUGUCCGUACCUCGAUUGAUUCAAGCUCUUGGUAUCGAUCGCAUAUAUCCAGGCUUAAUUUUCUUCUCCAAGGGCUAUGGAAAACACGGUGAACCGUAUCGUGGAUAUGUUCUAACAUUUUUCAUUUCAUUAAUAUUUUUACUUAUUGCCGAAUUGAAUCUCAUUGCCCCGUUGAUCAGCAAUUUCUAUCUCGCUUCAUAUGCGCUAAUCAACUUCUGCACAUUUCAUGCUGCUUUUGUAAAGCCGCUAGGCUGGCGUCCAACUUUUAAGUAUUAUAACGUGUGGUUGAGUUUAUUUGGCUUCGUAUUGUGUGUGGCUAUUAUGUUCCUUAUUCAUUGGGUGUCGUCUUUGAUAACAUUCAUCAUGAUUUUGGCUUUGUAUUUGGUAGUGGUUUAUCGUAAGCCCGAUGUUAAUUGGGGCUCAACAGCACAGGCUCAAACAUAUAAAUCGGCGUUAACAUCUACAUAUCGACUUACACAAAUUGGCGACCAUGUGAAAAAUUACCGUCCACAAAUUCUUGUUUUGGCUGGAACAUUACAAAGUCGUCCACCUCUCGUUGAUCUAGCCAACUUGAUUACUAAGCAUAAUUCCUUGAUGAUUGUGGGAGAUGUUAUAACGAAAAAGAUAUCCUACAAAACUCGACGACGAAUGAUCGACGAAGGACAACGGUGGUUGACUGGACGGAAAAUUAAGGCUUUCUAUAAUAUUGUUGAGGGAUUAGAUUUCGAGACGGGUGUUCGAGCUUUGAUCCAAACAUCAGGUGUUGGGAAAUUGGCACCAAAUAUUUUACUCAUGGGCUAUAAGUCAGACUGGCAAACAUGUAAUCACCAAGAUUUGGUCUCUUACUUCAAUGUUUUGCAUUAUGCGUUCAGCAAUCGAUUGUCUGUGGCAAUUUUACGUUUGCCUAAUGGACUAGAUCUAUCGUUAGAUGUCGAAGUUGAUACAACACCACCAAAUGGCCUGGCGACUCCGACUAGUUCGUUUACAAACUUUAAUAACUUAGAAAAUGGAAUCGGAAGCUCAAACUUACGUAAAGAUGUGCUACAGUCACAAAAUCAAAAUGGAGCUGCACCCACAAUAAUGCAUGCCGAUUCAUACUUGAACAUUUACAAAAUUCCACCAUCGACAACAGCAGCAACAGCUUCAAAAGUAUCUACAGAGUCCGCCACUCAAAUUAAUGAAAAAGUUGUAGAACAGAAAAAUUGUCGAAAAGCCAAUCUUUCUUAUACAUCCAACGAUUCAACAAUACCAAAAGAAUUACUCAAUCAGUUAGGAAUAUUCCACUCAUCAUCACAUAAUGGAACGAUCGAUGUUUGGUGGCUUUAUGAUGAUGGUGGUCUUACCAUUUUGAUUCCUUACAUUUUAUCACUGAGAUCACAAUGGUCACGUUGUAAAAUUCGCAUAUUUGCUUUAACCAAUCAUCAAAUGGAGCUCAAAGUGGAAGAGCAAAACAUGGCCAAACUACUUGCAAAACUCCGCAUUGAUUACUCAUGUUUAAUUAUGCUGCAAGAUGUAAAACAAAAACCGAAACCUGAAACAAUGCAACUGCAUAAGUCGCUAUUAGAUGGCUUCAAUGAGGGACAAGAAUCAGAAUGUGUGACUGAAGCAGAAAAAUCCAUCCUCGAAGAAAAAACCAAUUUACAAUUACGAUUACGUGAGCUACUUUUGAAACACUCCACCGAUGCAUCUUUAGUGGUGAUGUCCCUUCCCAUGCCAAGACAAGGUGCUGUCUCAGCCGCACUAUAUUUAUCAUGGUUGGAAGUACUCACAAAGGACAUGCCGGCAUUUUUAUUGGUUCGGGGAAACCAGAAUUCAGUAUUAACAUUUUAUUCUUAGUCAAUUCAAACUCACAUUUUUUCUAGAGCUAACAAUUUUAGAAUUUAAUUAAUCAAGUAUUUAAAAAAAAAACAGAUAUUAAGCCAUUUGAACCAACAUUAUUUUCGCACCAUAAUAAUAUUGUUAGUUUUUUUAAAAAUAAAGAGUCUUACGGGAGUAAGACGAACUUUUCCGCACGGUGGUAGUUGCGUAUUUUA